AUGCCUAUCGCGGAGCUCUUUCUUGGCGCCUUUCUUCAGGUGCUGUUUGAUAGGUUGGCCUCUCGCGAGCUUCUCAACUUUGCACGGCGCGAGGGUAUCAAUGUGUUGCUGGCAAAAUGGAAGGAGAUGCUGGUCAGCAUCAGCCAGGUGUUGGAUGAUGCAGAGGACAAGCAACUGAAUGGUGUUCUCGAGGUGAACUCGUGGCUCAAAAAUCUUAGGGACUUGGCCUACGACAUUGAAGACUUGCUAGAGGAGUUCACCAUAGAGUUCGUGGAAAAUAAGUCCGAGGUAGAACCCAGCACUAGCAAGGUGCGUUCCCUUCUUCCAAGUUGUUGCUUCAAAUUGAGCCCGAGAGCAUUUAUGCUUGAUCAUACAAUGAGAUCCAAGAUGGAAGAGAUGGAUAACAGGUUAAAGGGUAUCAUUAAUCAAAAAAAUAUUCUGCAACUGAGAGAGAAUAACAGGAAUCAAUCAGCAAACCGUCAAAUGGAUAAGCCGCUUCCCACUACGAAUUUGCCUGAGCCUUGUUUUGUUAGUAGGGAGGAUGAGAAAAUGGAUAUCCUUGAAUUACUAACCAAAGAAGACAAUGAUGGGGCAUGUGUGGAUCCAAAAGUGAUUCCCAUCGUAGGGAUGGGGGGUCUUGGGAAGACGGCUUUGGCUCAGCAAGUCUACCAUGAUGAUAGAGUCGCCAACUAUUUCGAUGUGAAAGCAUGGGUUUGUGUUUCUGAUGAUUUCGACGUGCUUGCUAUUACAAAGAAGAUCAUUGACACAAUCAAAACCGAUGGCAAUUUGUCUUGUGAAGGUAAGGACCUGGAUUGGCUUCAUGAAAAGCUCAAUGAAAACCUUGCAAGGAAAAAGUUUCUUGUUGUUUUAGAUGAUGUUUGGAACGAGAAUUAUGGAAAAUGGACUAUCCUCAUGAAGCCAUUUCAAUCGGGAGCAAAGGGAAGCAAGAUCAUUGUCACGACUCGUAAUUUCCGCGUUGCUAAAAUAGCCAGUGCACAACCUUAUACUCUCAAACCGUUGUCACGAAAUGCUUGUAUGACUUUGUUCGCAUUUCAUGCUCUUGGAGCAAAAAAUUUCGAUCAUCAUCCUGAUCUUGAAGUAUUGGGCAUGGAUAUAGUGGAUAAAUGCCAAGGGUUGCCAUUAGCUGUGAAGACUUUGGCUGGGUUGCUACACUAUAAAGUUAGUCCUCAUGAGUGGCAAGGUGUAUUGAAUAGCAAAAUUUGGGACCUCCCACAAGGAAGUAAUGACAUCCUUCCGGCUUUGAAACUUAGUUACCUCCAUCUCCCUUUGAAUAUGAGGAGAUGUUUCGCUUACUGUGCUAUAUUUCCCAACGACUAUGAAAUUGAACGAGAUGAGUUGAUUCACUGGUGGAUUGCAGAGGGCUUGUUGGAGGGAAAAGAAGGAAAAAGCCGUUGGAAUGUAGGUUUGGAACUUUUUAACGAGUUAGUAUCUAGAUCAUUACUUCAAGAGUCGAGUAGUAGUGAAUCACGAUUCUUGAUGCAUGAUCUUGUGAGUGACUUGGCCAAGCUAGUUGCUGGCGCAGCCUAUUUUAGCUCAGGGGUAUUUGAGGGUGAUCAAAAUAAUGCAUUUUUGGCUCGUCAUGCCUCAUUCAUUUCUAGCCCACACAUUGUCCAAGAAAGAUUCAAGAUAUAUCAUGGAAUGAAGGGACUUAGGAGCUUCAUAUCAUUGGCAAAGCAACCUAGGUAUUAUGGUAAGUCUUAUUUGUCCGAGAAAGUGUUAGGCGACUUGUUAUCCGAAUUGAAAUACUUGAGGGUGUUUUCAUUAUGUCACUAUUACAUCAGAGAGGUACCGGAUUGCAUUGGCAAACUGAGGCACCUAAGGUGCCUCAAUUUGUCGUAUACUGACAUUGAAACCCUUCCAGAGUCAAUUGUUGCAUUGUACUACCUAGAGGCCUUGAUGUUGCGGGGAUGUCAAAAUCUUAUUGAGUUACCAAAAGGUAUGGAGAAACUAAUAAAUCUAAAAUUUCUCGACUUUACCGACACUCCAAGCCUAAGAGCAAUGCCGCUGUAUAUAGGUAAUUUGGUGGGUCUUGAGAUGCUGUCCAAAUUUGUAGUGGGAACGGAAGUAGGGUCGAGGUUGAAGGAGUUAAAAAACCUAGAGAACCUUGGAGGGGAAUUGUGCAUCUCUAAUUUGCAUAAGAUUCAAGAAGCCAAAGAUGCCAUGGAUGCCAAUUUAUGCAUGAAGGAGGGAAUAUGCCAGUUGACCAUGCGAUGGUGCGAAGAUUUUGGAAAUUUCCGUAAUGAAGAGCUUGAAGCAAAAGUCCUUGACUUUCUUCACCCUCACCCAAAACUUGAAAAUCUUGCAAUAUCCUACUAUGGUGGCUUAGAAUUUCCAUCAUGGUUAGGAAGUCCCUCAUAUGUUAAGAUGAUGCAUUUACGUUUACAUGGAUGUUGUCGAGUCAAAGUGCUAGCUUCAUUGGGACAAUUAUCUUCUUUAAAAGAACUAUAUAUCGAAGGUCUAAAUGCAAUACACACAAUAGGGUCUGAAUUUUAUGGAACUAAAAGUCCUUUUCCAUCCUUAAUGACUUUGGAAUUCAAUGACAUGCCAUCGUGGGAGGAUUGGUCUCAUUGCUUCGACAAUGAAGAAGUAAGAGUUUUAUUCCCUUGUCUUGAGCAUUUGGUCAUUCGGGAUUGUCCUAUAUUGAUCGGAAGAUUGCCUAGUCAACUGAGCUCCCUCAAAAAGCUAGAAAUCAACUCUUGUCCACUUAUGGAUGCCUCGUCCUCUAUCAUUAGCCUUCCGUCCCUCAAUGAAUUAAACUUUAGAGGUCGUAAUGAGGGUGUGUUGAAGAGUUUGGUAAACUUGACAUCUCUAACCGCUCUUGUCAUACAAGAUGUUGAAUUAACUUGCUUAAAUUAUGAGUUUACAAGCUCCUUGGUCAAGUUGGAGAAGUUGGAGAUGGAAAGUUGUAAAAAUUUGAUGUACUUGUGGCAAGAGAGAGAUGUAAUUCGGAAUCUCGCUUGUCUAAAGAGCUUAGUUGUCAAAAGUUGUCUUGAAUUCAUAUCAUUUUCAGCUGGAGAAGGAGAUAUGGAGUUGUCUAGCAAGUUGGAGACUAUGGACUCACGAAAUUGCAUCAAUUUGGAGAAGUACCCAAGCAAGAUUUACACCAUUUCCUCUCUUCAAGAUUUGACCGUCAAGGAGUGUCCAAAACUCGUGUCCUUAUCCGAAAUAGGUAUGUUGACGUCAUUGAUAUCACUAAAUAUUCGAGAUUGCGAGAUGUUGCAAUCUUUGCCUAGAGGACUAAGUGUUCAUAUGGAUGAACCAAGCAACAAUAGCAAUAAUCACGAUGACAUAAUGUCUUGUUUGCAAGAAUUAAGAAUCGACGGAUGCGAUUCUCUACCAGCCUCUCCAUUCAGCGAGAGUAGAUAUUUAUCUACGACCCUCAAGACACUUAUAAUUGAACGGUGUCGGGGAGUGGAGUCGCUCGCGGAGUUACCUGUAGACCGUCUUCAAUCACUUCGAUGGAUCCGUAUUAGAUAUUGCGAUAACUUGAGAAGCUUACCACAGGGGCUGCACACACUUUUACAUCUCACUGACUUGUGGUUGUCGAACUGUCCGGCACUGGAGCUGGAGUGCUUCCCUCCUCUUCCUCCCGGCAUCUCGACAUUUUGGCUUGAUGAUUGUCCGAAGAUAAAAUCGUUACCUAAUCAGUUGCAUCGACUCACGAGUCUCCAAGAUCUGACAAUUAGUGGAUGUGAGAGUAUUACGCACUUCCCCGAUGGAGGGUUGCCGCCCCAUCUACAAGAACUUUCGAUGAAUAAAUGCGAGAAUAUGAAGCAGCCGGUGAGGGAGUGGCUCACCCCUCUCACCUCCCUUCAAUUUCUGGAAAUCGACGGCCGCGCGGGACGAGUGGGAGAGGAGAAGGUUCUUGUGCUUCCGCUCCCUUCCUCUCUGCUUUAUCUUCAAAUCAUAGAUAUGGGGAAAGUGGAAAGACUGUCCAGCAGUCUCUCUCUCCCUCUCGAAGUCUUAUGGAUCAAAGAUUGCCCGAAGCUGAGGGAGUUGCCCCAGAUUGGCCCCCAGAAUGGCCUCCCUCCCUCCCUAAGAGUUCUCUGGAUCGGAGGAUGUAGGAUUCUGGAGAAGCGAUGCAAGGAAGGGACCGGCUGCUAUUGGCACCUCAUCUGCGAAAUCCCACAAGUUCAUUUGGGCGAUGAUGACGACUCCAAGUCAAUUACUUCUUGA